UCACAGACUUGGUAAACAGUGGCAGGGUUUUAGAGCAUCGACUCCGAUUUUGAAAGCAGCUACAGAAAGCAGUUCUACUGCGGUUAAAUGCUGGCAUACAGCAGCACCUGCCACUGAGAAGUUUGGAAAGGAAGAGUCGAUCGAUGGGGCAAACUUCACUGUUGUCUUAUUUUCAGAGUCUCCCCAGCCACUCCAUCUUCAGCACCCGCCACCCUGUCCAGGCAGCAGCCACCAGCACAGAGGCAAGACCCUCUGAAAACAGGAAGAUUACGACUCGCUGACAGCUCAGGGAGAGCAGAGAGAGGCCCUGGCAGAGGCUCUUCCCCUUCCUGUGAGGCCAUCCCUCUAUGACCUGUGAUGAGGAACACGGGGCCUGGGUUGUACCACACCCCAUGCAUCUGUCUGUCCAGCUCACGCUGAGGACUUUAUAAGCUGUCUGCACCGCUGGGGACCAUGGGAGGCAGUGCCAGGACUCCGACCCUCACUGCUGUUCUCUGCCUCGGGUUCUGUUGGGGCCUGUGGGACCAGGCACAGACAGGGACCCUCCCCAAACCCUCCAUCUGGGCUCAUCCCAGCUCCAUGGUCACCAAGGGGAGCCGUGUGACCAUCUGGUGUCAGGCGUCUCUGCAGGCUGACCGCUACUAUCUGUAUAAAGACAGGAUCUCUGAGCCCUUGGAGCCCUUGGAGACCUCACAGGGUUCCAGCAACAAGGCCGGUUACUCCAUUACAUCCAUGAGCUUACACGAUGUAGGGCGAUACAGAUGUACAUAUCAGAGCAGGAAGAGCUGGUCACAGCUGAGUGAACUCCUGCCCCUGGUGAUGACAGGACAGCACGACGCACCCUCCCUCUCAGCCAACCCAGGCCCUGUAGUGGCCUUGGGAGGGAACGUGUCCCUCUCCUGUAGCUCAUCGUGGCCACGGGGGUCAUUCCAUCUGCUGAAGGAGCAGGGGGCUGAUGCGCCCCAACACCUGGAAUGGAAGUUCCGUCGUGAGAGGGGGCAGGGGCUCUUCCACAUGGGCCCCGUGAACACCUCCCAUGCGGGGACCUACAGAUGCUACGUUUCUUCUGAGUCAUACCCGGAUUCGUGGUCACAUCCCAGUGACCCUCUGCACCUUCAGGUCACAGGUGUCUACAGGGCGCCCGCCCUCUCGGCCCAGCCGGGCUCCCUGGUGCAGUCUGGAGACAGUGUGACCCUCCAGUGUCGCUCAGAGACCGGCUUUGACAGAUUCGCUCUGACCAAGGACGAGGAGCUCAGAGCUCCCCAGAGUCUAGAAGGGCAACCCAGCCCCAAAUUCCCCCUGGGCCCUGUGAGCGACACCCUUGGGGGCCAGUACCGAUGCUACUGUGGACACAAGAGCUCCUCCACCUGGUCGGCCCCCAGUGCCCCUCUGGUUGUCCUGAUCACAGGAAUAUAUGGGAAACCGUCCCUCUCGGCCCAGCCUGGGACGUCAGUGUCCUGGGGGGAGAACGUGACCCUGCAGUGUCGCUCUGAGAUUUGGUUUGAUAUCUUCCACCUGUCCAAGGAGGGGUCCCUCGCUCCUCCCCAGGUCCUUCGUCUGCAGGACACAGCAAUACCUUCUCAGGUCAACUUCACCCUGAGUCCCGUGACCUCAGACCUCAAGGGGACCUACCGGUGCUACGGCUCACACAGCAACCACCCCUACCUGUUGUCACAGCCCAGUGACCCCCUGGAGCUCCUGGUCUCAGGCGGCUCUGAGGAUGCAGCCCUCAGCCCACAGAGGGGUCCCCACUGGUACCUGUACGUCCUCAUCGGGGCCUCGGUGGCCUUCGUCCUGCUGCUCGGCCUCCUCGUCUUCCUCCUGGUCCGACACCAGCGUCGGGUCAAAGGCAGGAAGCCAGCAGCGGCAGCGUCUGAGGACAGAGGCCUGCACAGGAGUUCAGGUCCUGAGGCCGCCGCCCAGGAGGAGACCUUGUAUGCUGUCGUCAGAGACACACAGCCUGAGGACAGACAGGACAGACAGCUCCAGCCUGCGGUUUCUGAAGACCCUCAAGAUGUAACCUACGCCCAGCUGAACCACUUGGCCCUCAGACAGGAGACAAGUGCACCUCCUCCCUCCCAAUUAGGGGAGCCCCCGGAGGAGACCAACGUGUACGCUGUCCUGGCCAUCCACUAGCCCGGCAGACUCAUACUGCCUGCUCCAGGGGUCUGGAAGUCUCCCUGCAGGGACCCCGGAAGGCGCAGGAGCUGCCCCCAGCCAGCCUGGAGGUAGGACACGGACCAGGAACUCAGGAACUCGGGAGACCUUGUGGGAGCUGAUUGCUUCCAGAAUUUCCAGGACCAGCUGAUCUGUACAGUUCCUAGAAGGAUCCACAGGAAGCCCCAAGACGGUUCGUUACCAAGUGGCAACCUUUGUGGUGUGGUGGGAAUCCAGCACUAAGCUCCAAGAGCUGGGGACCUUCUGGAGGCUUCCUGGCAGCUUGGCAACAUCCCAGGACCCAGGGCCAUCACGCUGAAGCUGAGCACUUUCAGCUGACCUGAGUCCACGGCCUCAAAAGAUGGACUUGAGAGCAGUGAGGUUGCUCAAUGUCAAGAACUUCCCGUUUCCCGAGACCAAGCCCCUUCCUCUGUCCCACGCAGCUUCUCUACAAGACAGAGAAAGGGAAGCUGGUCUCCCUCCUGACCUGUGUUCAGAAACUCUAGAUGCGGGGGAGGGGAGCGGGGUGCCUCAGCUGUCCCCUCCCAACCACACCAAUAUAAGUGUUGAAACCAGCCUGUCCUUCCUGCCCAGCGCUCCCCAGCAAAUCCCAAUUAAACUCGUUUACCCUCGCCUGCAACCCAAGGGUCAGCCUUCAGCUCUGGACAACCCUAACCCUGACUUCUUUUUCUGGGGGCAAGGUCCGAAACGCUAGGGA